GCAGGAUUUGGGCCAAGCCGACCCUUGCCAGUCACUUUUCUACUUCUGCCUGCGUUGACACAUGAUGGCAUUGUUGGAUCGGAUAUUUAUCUUGUCAGUAGCAGUCGUCCUAUUCGCCUUAGCCCCCGUGGCGACUGCCCAAGAACGAAAUGGUGGCAUCAACAUGGGCCGCAACGAUCGCAUUGUCAUUGUCGGAGGCGGGCCAGCAGGGGUGCACUACGCGACGCUUUUGGUGAAAAAGGGGUUUACCAACAUCACAAUCCUUGAGCAGUCCCACGAAGUCGGCGGCAAGUCCAAGACGGUGCUGGACCCCCAGGGCGGCUACCCCCAUGAAUUGGGCACUUGCUAUGCCACCGCGUUGUACCAGCCCGUAUUCGACCUGCUCAAGGAGUACGACCCCACCAACACGCUAAUUCCAUUCAUCCCCACCGUCAAAGGACACACGUGGGUCAACCGCGACGCCAACCAGUCCGUCGUCGACUACAACAGGUACGCACUUCAAUUGGCCGUCCAAGCUGUGGGUCCGUCGCCGUUGCCUAAGCUUAUGGCGACUGUGGACGCUGCGUUUGCCAGCUACAUCAGCCUCCACACGUCGAUCUUGGGGGUGUAUGACUACGGACUGCCGCCCCGGCCAUCAAACUGGACGCGGUUGAAUAUGACCGGGUUUGAGUUUCUCAAACAAAACAAACUGCUCGUGCUGGAAGGGUUCUUUCGCUUUGUGUUCCAGCAGCAAGGCUACGGGUCGUUGGACGAGUCGCCAGCGUUUUACAUGUUGUGGUGGGUGCAUCCCGACACGAUUCGGCAGAAGCAAGCCGCGGACAGCAAAGGCCAGCCAUGGGUGUACGUGCUGUCCAAGGGGUACCAGUCCCUGUGGAAGGCCAUGGUGGACAAGUACCCGAGUCAAAUCGACGUUCGAGUCAACACCAAGGUGAUUCAAAUCACGCGAACCAACCCCAUUGUCAUCACCGUGCAGACCAACAACGUCGUGCCAGGCAUCAUCUGGGCCGACCAUCUUGUGAUGGCCACGGACUUGGGCUAUAUGGUCACGUUACCGUCGGACUUGAACUUGCGGGAGUUCCGCUUCAGCAAGAACCUGGCAUCGUCGGCGUUUGUGGUCACCCUGUUUCAAAGUGAUGCGAGUCCGAUCGAAAGCGUGUCGCAGUGGUGGCCGAGCCGAGGCGUGGGGGCCGCCGAAGGCCAGCUGCAGCUCACGAGAAACUCGCGGCUUGCCCUCUUCAACCCCCUGCCCGCCCACCGCUUCCCCUCCGACCCCGUCGCGACCAACUGGGGUGUGAACGCCACGGGACGGCAAUCUCGCGUGGCGUACCAAUUCUUCAACCGACAAGUCCGGACCUCCGACUCAGCCGCCAGCAAGAAGCAGCUGCUCGCCGACUUGGCGGACGCCGCGUUCGACAACGCCACCAUUCAUACGCAAGUUGUGCACAGCUACUUCCCCAGGUGCAACCUCACGCAGCUGCAGCAAGGCGUGCCGUGGGCCGUGUGGGAAAACCAAGGGCGCAUCAAAACCACGUGGAUCGGGUCAAGUGUGAGCUUUGAAAGCGUGCUGGACGUGGUCGUGUACAACAACAACCUCAUCAACCGCGUCAAUAUGACGAAUUAAUAACGUAAAUACAGUACUUCAAACGAACAACGUUAAAACUCGUUGACUA